GGGUUGAAAUAUUUCAGUCAUGGCUCAUUCAAAGACCAGGGCCAAUGAUGGAAAAAUUACUUAUCCUCCUGGAGUCAAAGAGAUCUCAGACAAAAUAUCUAAAGAGGAGAUGGUGAGACGGUUAAAGAUGGUUGUAAAAACUUUCAUGGAUAUGGACAGGAUUCUGAAGAAAAAGGAGCUGUACCUAAAACUUGCUUUACACCUUGCUUCAGAUUUUUUUCCUCAAGAUCCUGAUAAAGACGUUCGCUUGCUAGUGGCAUGUUGUCUUGCUGAUAUUUUUAGGAAUUAUGCUCCUGAAGCACCUUAUACUUCACCAGACAAACUUGAAGGCAAGUAUGAUGAUAUAUUUAUGUUUAUAACAAGACAACUGAAAGGAUUAGAAGAUACAAAAAGUCCACAAUUCAAUAGAUAUUUUUAUUUACUUGAGAACAUUGCUUGGGUCAAGUCCUAUAACAUAUGCUUUGAAUUAGAAGAUAGCAAUGAAAUUUUCACACAACUUUAUAGAACGUUAUUUUCAGUCAUAAACAAUGGUCACAAUCAAAAAGUUCAUAUGCACAUGGUGGAUCUGAUGAGCUCUAUUAUUUGUGAGGGAGAUACUGUUUCUCAGGAGCUUUUGGAUACAGUUUUAGUAAAUCUGGUGCCUGCCCACAAGAAUUUAAACAAACAAGCAUUUGACCUGGCCAAAGCUUUACUGAAGAGGACAGCUCAAGCUAUUGAACCCUAUAUCACCAAUUUCUUUAAUCAGGUUCUUAUGCGAAAGACAUCUAUCAGUGAUCUAUCAGAGCACGUUGACUUAAUACUGGAACUCUACAAUAUCGAAAGUCAUUUGUUGCUAUCUGUUUUACCACAGCUUGAAUUUAAACUAAAGAGCAAUGACAAUGAAGAACGUCUACAAGUUGUUAAACUGCUAGCAAAAAUGUUUGGGGCAAAGGAUUCAGAAUUGGCAUCUCAAAAUAAACCACUUUGGCAGUGCUACUUGGGAAGGUUUAAUGAUAUUCAUGUGCCUAUACGACUUGAAUGUGUGAAAUUUGCUAGCCAUUGCCUUAUGAACCAUCCUGAUUUGGCAAAGGAUUUGACAGAAUAUCUUAAAGUGAGAUCACAUGAUCCUGAAGAAGCCAUUAGACAUGAUGUUAUUGUAUCAAUAGUUACAGCAGCUAAAAAAGACAUUCUACUUGUUAAUGAUCACUUACUUAAUUUUGUUCGAGAGCGAACAUUAGACAAGCGGUGGCGAGUAAGAAAAGAAGCUAUGAUGGGACUUGCCCAAAUUUACAAGAAAUAUUCAUUACAGUCAGAGGCCGGAAAGGAAGCUGCAAAACAAAUUUCAUGGAUCAAGGACAAAUUGCUACAUAUAUAUUAUCAAAACAGUAUUGAUGACCGGUUGCUUGUUGAACGUAUCUUUGCUCAGUACAUGGUUCCUCACAAUUUGGAAACUACAGAACGAAUGAAAUGCUUAUAUUACCUGUAUGCUACAUUGGACUUAAAUGCUGUGAAAGCAUUGAAUGAAAUGUGGAAAUGUCAAAACCUUCUCCGGCAUCAAGUAAAGGAUUUGUUAGAUUUAAUCAAACAACCCAAGACAGAUGCCAGUGGUAAAGCCAUAUUUUCAAAAGUGAUGAUAAUUACAAGAAAUUUGCCUGAUCCUGGUAAGGCUCAGGAUUUUAUGAAAAAAUUCACACAAGUUUUGGAAGAUGAUGAGAAAAUAAGAAAUCAGUUAGAAAUGCUUGUUAGUCCAACAUGUUCCUGCAAGCAGGCUGAAGGAUGUGUGCGUGAAAUUACGAAGAAGUUGGGCAACCCCAAACAGCCUACAAAUCCUUUUCUGGAAAUGAUUAAAUUUCUCCUGGAGAGGAUAGCUCCGGUGCAUAUAGAUACUGAAUCUAUAAGUGCUCUUAUUAAGCAAGUGAACAAGUCAAUAGAUGGAACAGCAGAUGAUGAAGAUGAGGGUGUUCCAACUGAUCAGGCAAUCAGGGCAGGCCUUGAAUUGCUUAAGGUACUCUCAUUUACACAUCCUAUCUCAUUCCAUUCGGCUGAAACUUUUGAAUCUCUUCUGGCUUGCCUAAAAAUGGAUGAUGAAAAAGUAGCAGAAGCUGCAUUACAAAUUUUCAAAAACACAGGAAGCAAAAUUGAAGAAGACUUCCCACAUAUAAGAUCGGCUUUGCUUCCAGUUCUACAUCACAAAGCUAAAAAAGGACCUCCACGUCAAGCCAAAUAUGCUAUUCACUGUAUCCAUGCAAUAUUUUCCAGUAAAGAGACACAAUUUGCACAGAUAUUCGAGCCACUGCAUAAAAGCCUAGAUCCAAGCAACCUUGAACAUCUCAUAACACCAUUGGUUUCUAUUGGUCACAUAGCUCUUCUUGCACCAGAUCAAUUUGCUGCUCCUUUGAAAUCUUUGGUAGCAACUUUCAUCGUGAAAGAUCUUCUCAUGAAUGAUCGGCUUCCAGGGAAAAAGACCACCAAACUGUGGGUUCCUGAUGAAGAAGUUUCUCCUGAGACACUAGUUAAAAUUCAGGCCAUUAAAAUGAUGGUGCGAUGGCUGCUAGGAAUGAAAAACAAUCACAGCAAAUCAGGAACUUCUACACUGAGAUUAUUAACAACAAUACUGCAUAGUGAUGGAGACUUAACGGAACAGGGGAAAAUUAGUAAACCAGAUAUGUCACGUCUGAGACUGGCUGCUGGAAGUGCAAUUGUGAAGUUGGCCCAAGAACCCUGUUACCAUGAAAUCAUCACAUUAGAACAAUAUCAGUUAUGUGCUUUAGCUAUCAAUGAUGAAUGCUACCAAGUAAGACAAGUGUUUGCUCAGAAACUUCACAAGGGCCUUUCCAGAUUACGGUUACCACUUGAAUACAUGGCAAUCUGUGCACUGUGUGCAAAAGACCCAGUGAAAGAAAGAAGAGCACAUGCCAGGCAGUGUCUGGUGAAAAAUAUAAAUGUGAGACGAGAAUAUCUGAAGCAGCAUGCAGCAGUUAGUGAAAAGUUAUUAUCACUCCUUCCAGAAUAUGUUGUUCCUUACACUAUUCACCUUUUGGCACAUGACCCAGAUUAUGUGAAAGUCCAGGACAUUGAACAACUUAAAGAUGUGAAAGAAUGUCUGUGGUUCAUCCUCGAAAUCUUAAUGGCUAAAAAUGAAAAUAACAGUCAUGCUUUUAUCAGAAAAAUGGUAGAAAAUAUUAAACAAACAAAAGAUGCCCAAGGACCAGAUGAUGCCAAAAUGAAUGAAAAACUGUACACAGUGUGUGAUGUAGCAAUGAAUAUCAUCAUGUCAAAGAGCACCACAUAUAGUUUGGAGUCUCCAAAAGAUCCAGUACUUCCAGCACGUUUUUUCACUCAACCUGACAAGAACUUUAGUAACACCAAAAAUUAUCUGCCUCCAGAAAUGAAAUCCUUCUUCACUCCAGGAAAGCCUAAAACAGCCAAUGUCCUUGGAGCUGUUAAUAAGCCUCUUUCAUCAGCAGGCAAGCAGUCUCAGUCUAAAUCUUCAAGGAUGGAGACUGUCAGCAAUGCAAGUAGCAGCUCAAAUCCAAGUUCCCCAGGAAGGAUUAAGGGAAGGCUUGACAGUUCUGAAAUGGAUCAUAGUGAAAAUGAAGAUUUCUCAAUGUCUUCACCUCUGCCAGGAAAAAAAAGUGACAAGAGAGACGACUCUGAUCUUUCUGAACUUGAGAAGCCAAGAAGCCGAAAGAAGACACCUGUUACAGAUCCAGAAGAGAAGUUAGGUAUGGAUGACUUAACCAAAUUGGUUCAGGAACAGAAACCAAAGGGAAGUCAGCGUGGGAGGAAAAGAGGCACAGCCAUGUCUGAUUCUGAUGAACAGCAGUGGCCAGAGGAGAAGAGGCUCAAAGAAGAUCUCUUAGAAAAUGAAGAUGAACAGAAUAGCCCACCCAAAAAGGGCAGAAGAGGGCGACCCCCUAAAGCAGUUGGUGGUGGCACCCCAAAAGAAGAGCCAGCAAUUAAAGCAUCUAAGAGAGGAGGCAGGAAAAAACCUGGGCCCCCAGCAGCAGAAGAGGAGGAAGAAGAAGAGAGGCAGAGUGAAAACAUGGAACAGAAACAAAAGGGCAGACAACAUAGAACAUCCAGAAGAGCACAACAGAGAACAGAAUCUUCUGAAAGUAGUGCAGUUGAAUCCACACAGUCCACACCACAGAAAAGACGAGGAAGACCACCAAAAACGCCACCACCAUCACAACCAAAAAAAAAUGUCCGCACUGGACGCUCCAAACAAGCUUCUAGUAAAGAAAAUGAAUCAAGUGAAGAGAUGGAUGUUUUUCAGAGUAGCUCUCCUGUCAAUGAUGACAUUCCACAAGAGGAAAUAAUGGAGGAAGAGGAAGUUUCUACAAUCACUGUCCGACGGCGAACCUCUAAAAGAGAAAGACGAUGAACCACCAUAAUUAAAAGCCUCCUGAGUGAAGUUUUAGAGGAAUUCGUUUGUUGUCAAGUUUACGGCUUAAUUAAGCUGUUGAUGUACAUCAAGAUUGUUGAAGAAAGGAAGAUUGAACCUUGCUUUUACUGCCCCACACGUUUGCAGUUCCGCAGUUCCUCAUUCACAAGCUUUAGCCACACACACGUUGAUGAUACCGCCUGGGUUUUUGUGAAAGUGUAAUGUGUGUUGGCUAUGUAAACAUGAACUAAAGAAGAAACUUGUAAAUAUGUCUUUUUUUUUUUUUUAAGUUUCUGACUUCUAAAGUGCUUGUAUAGCUUUUAUUUGCGGCUUUAAAAAACUGACAGUAUCCAACUGUUUAUUGGAUCUAUAAUUCACUAUAUAGAUUUGAAAACAGUUUGUUAGAAUAGAUCUUAAGCAGUGUCUGUCAGUGUUUGUAUUUGUACUCGGCAUUUUACUGUGAAAAAAAAAAUCAGUUUUGACAAAUAGUGUCAUUUUCAUGCCACUAUUUGUUGGAAAGUUGAAUGGUCUUUUUCCUUUUGUGUAUCUAAUCUAGUGUUCAUACUUCUGGGCACCUUUUACUCUUUAGAGGUGCUAAAUUGCUCUGCCAUUACAGCUGAAUGAUGUCUAAUAGGAUGAUGAUACAACAGGUGCAAAUUGUGAAAUAGUACUUAAGUUGUUUGAAUUUACACCUCAGUAUUGGUGCCAGAGUAUUCUGGUCUUUUUGUGGCAUUGAACAUUUGAGGGGGGGGGUGGGGAAGAGAGAUUUAAAAUAUUUUAAUUUUAAAGUGUGUGCUGUUAAAUAAUGUACUGAAUUCCUUACCCAUUUAUCCCCUUUCAGUUUUUAUUAAUCUACUGUAUCAAUAAAAUUCUGUAACUCAGUAAGUUUUUAAUAGUCUAGUAUGUUGAUGUGUGUAGAUAUUUCCUCAUGAACAUUAUGUUCACAAAACGCAAAUUAUUACAUUAUAAUAUGAAAUCUGAUAUAAACAUUAGUGAAAUUAGUUCUUAACACAAUGUAAAGUUAAUCAGAAAGAAAAAAUUUUAUUGAUGCAGUGUGUCUUUAUAAAGCUGUUCUUGAGAGCCAAGUGUUUUGUAUUUUAUAGUGAGUUGCAUGUUUAUUGGAAAAAAUGUGCUAAAAAUGGGAUGUAAUCUUUUCUGGAAAUUCGUAUAUAGAAGUAGUAUAUGAUUGCCUCAUAACAAAAUUUUCCACCAAGAGUUUAUAAUUGUACUUCAUUUUUUGUGAACCUUUUUUUUUUUUUUUUAUCUGGAGCUUACAUUUUUAUUGACUUAGCAGCUAUAGAUUUUGCAGUCUUACAAGGUCUGUUUGGAAUUCCUUUAAGGGAAAUAGGGGAACUACCAUUACGCUACACUUAGAAUAGUUCAAUUUUUUGUUUACUGUAAUCUAAAAAAAAGAAAUGAAUUACUCGACAGUAUCCUUUAUACAGUUUUAUGAACUGUAUCUUUGAACCAAAAUGUAUAGGUUAAUACUUUUAUGUUUAGCUUGACUCAUUUUUAUUAUUUCAGAUGCUGUUCUUUUGUUUCUUUGCAGUUGACAUGAGAAAAAAAUCAAUAUCUAACUUAUUAAAUUUUAUCUCACUGAAAAAUGAAGCAUUUUUGUUAACCUACCAAUGUUUUUGUUUUAUUUCCAAGAUAGGUUAUAACAGAUGGUGAUGUAAUAAAGAGGACAUUUUUGUUAGAAAAUGUCUUUUUACCAUUUUCCAAUGUAUAUAUCAUAAAUGAUUUGAUUUUCUUGUAAAUAUUUCUUUAUGCCAAUGGAGUAGUCAAACUUUUUUUUUUUUUAAUGUAGAAAAUUGUGUUUAAUAACCUUUCUCAAUAUUUAGCUAUUCUUCAUUUUAUACCCAUGAUGGCACCACUGAUUAUGGGGAGACUGCUGUAUACUAGGGCAGCUAAUGUUGGGUUAAAAGGUACAUUGGUUGUGAAAUUUUCAUUAGCAAAAUUCCUCUAAAUAGGCUACUUCUGUUUGAGCAGUGCAAACGCAAGUUUUUAAUCUAUAAAAUAAAGAAUAAAAGCUAGCUUUAUAUUUUC